UUCCGAAAGAAAAAAAAAGAAACUUGAGCACUUUUUCAUCUUUCACGCUUAGAUUAUCCAGCUCAACGGUAUAUCGUUUCUUUUCACACACACACACACGCAGACAGGCAGACACACGGCGUAUCAGCCGGGCAUAUAGACGAUCCUAAAUUUGUACCAAUGUAUUUAUACAUCUGCGUAAAAAUGCGAUUCAUACAACGGGGGGGAAAAAAAAGGAAAGCUUGCAUGACCGAUGCGCUGUGAAAAUGCAUACUGUUACUAUUUAUCAACAUCAGAAUAAGCAGAAGGAACUCUUUGUUGCGAUCACAUGUCUCCUGGAGAGGAAUAACCGAAUUAUACGGCAUUGCUCUAUAGUAUAGGUAUCAUCGUAGCGAGCAAAGCAAAGCAUUGGAGCAUAAUGAUACGUGGGAGUCGGCAAGUUGGUUGGCUUUUUAUUAUUUUUUUGAUUUUUUAUUAUAAUUUUUUUUUUUUAAGCUACUACUGGAGAUACGGUAUAGGCUGUGGCAUCAUCUGUCGGUAUAUAGGCACCAGGACACGGGUUUUCCCCUGGCGUUCAAAACAAAAAUCGGGAAACAGAAUAUCGGAUGUUGGAAAGCCAAUAGAAAAGCAAGCCCUCCGCCUGAAAAAAAACAAAAACAAAAAACAAAAAAUAGGAAGAGAGAUGGAUAGAUAGAUUGAAUUCUGUGCUUUCUACACUAUGCGUUUGCUUUCUUACUGAAUAUUCAACAAAAUCAACCGAACACAUCAGUAUCUCGUGACCGCCCAUACUGCCUCGUACGGCGAAAUCACGAUCGAGACUAGGCAAGAGUGGGAGGGAAGGCAGAAGCCAAGAGCAACAACAACAAAAAAUCAAGAAGAAGGAAAAAAAAAAAAGCACAGCAAAAAAAUAAUAAACAAAAAGAAAUAAAAAUCAAAAGCCUGAGAAGAUAAAAAAGAAAUCAGAGAAAACGAUGGGAAUGUGUUUCAAGAGGGUCCACGGAUGUGCAUAAAAAAAAAUCCUGAAAAAAAAAAAAAAAUGAGCAAUCAAUAUUGUGUGCGUAAUCCGAUGAUUAGCUUUGCAGAUCGAUGGGCUUCAGUAAUUGUGGCGACGUAAUCCUAUCACUGAAAUAAAUGAGAUACGAUCGACAUUCAAUAGAGAGAAAAACAACAACAAUACGAUCGGGAAUACAUUAAAAAGGAAGGUUUGCAUUUUUUGUUUUGUCAUUUCGAUUAGGCCAAAAUUGUUUUGAAGUGAGAUGGAACCUUAAAUUUAUUCUAAUGAAUUAAAACGUAUGAAUAAGUCGAUCGAGAAAUGUUCUUAUUGAAUGAACUGUUAGAUGAUGACCACAAAUCAAAAAUAGACCCCGACAGAGUAAAGCAAAAGAAAACGAAUUUCAAAUCAAAGUUCAAAAAAAAAAAAAAAUAAUAAUAAUAAUCAACAUGAAAUUGCGCUCUAUUGUAGGUAUAUCUAAAGUAUCCAUUUAUUACCGCAUUCGGAUGGUUGAGCUUCUUUUACAUCACUAAUGUCGUCACUUUCUUCCCGUUUUUCUCUUUUUACUUUGCUGUAUACGGGCUCUCUUUUUAUUUCCCCAUGACUGGAUCGGUAUGGCCGCCAAGUUCUCGUGAACCUGGCGAGUGGAAGGAGAACGACAAAAGCGAACCAACCGUUAUGCUGUGUACUCGCAAUUCAUCCCCGCCUGCUCUUUCCCUUCGACUGGCUCUCGUUUAAUGAUUGACAAUACGAGCGCCUCUUACGUCUUCCGUCAUUCAAAGUGGAAAGUGCCAUCAGACGACAAGCUUCCGCAGUCCAGAGACUUUUGGCUCUUCUGCCCAUAAAAAAACUGCGCAUGUUCAUUACAUCCAUAACUACCACGGAUAAAUAAUAAUAGUCGGACGGGACGAAGAUCUUGGCCACCUUACCUCCUUUGCCCUCCCCCUUUUGCUCCCCCCUCUUUCAAAUGUAUACAAGGCCGAGGAUAAUAUAGCAGACAUAUAGCCUCCAACAAAGUAAGAAAAAAACAAACACUUCUUGACGAUGGCCAGCACAACAAGAUAUGAGAAACAAUAACAGGAGAAAACAAAGCAAAAAAAAAAAAAUAAAAUAAAAAAGAAUAUGGCAAUAAACUGUUUCAUUUAGACGUGGGGUGAAUGAACACUUUCGUCCUACUGGAACGUAUUCUUUCGAGUUGAUUCUCCAAGCGGACAUAGUUUGUGUAUCAAUCGCUUCAGUUUGGAGAUGGUUGAUUAGGAAUAUCGAUGAACUAUCGAGUGAAAUCAUCAAUUUAUUGAAUAAAAAGAUCGAAUUCUUGUUUUGUUUUUGACUUCCUUUUGAUUGUUUAUUGUUUUGCCUUUUUCGUUUCUGUUUACUGACGUCUUUUUUUGUUGUUUGUCCUGAAGAGGGAUAGACAACGGGGAAUGAAAGUCGAAUGAACGAUGUGUCGAGUGCGCGCGAUUUGGUCGACCUGUUUCGCCGGCAUUCUUCGAUCACGUCGCAAUCCACCGGCACGGCGUAGCGCAGAUCGAAGAAAUCGAUCAAUCGUAGCAAUAUUAUCGAAUUCGACUAUUCGCAGUCAGGCGAUGACUUUAAAAAUCGAUUACUUGAUGAUGUCAAACGUGUUUUGUUUUUUUCUCUCUCUCUCUUUUGUAACUUCUCCAACGGUUUUGGCUGAUUUGAAUCGCGCGCGCGUUUCAGUUGAAUCCCUGCGUGCCAACUCCCUCAGUUCUCUCCAUGCGCGACCCACUUCAGCGCUGCCUUUCGUGCCUUUCAAAGACCGUGGAGAAAAGGGCUACAAGAGAGAUGGCUAGAUGGUACAUGUAGGUGCAGCAAUAACAAAGACAAUUCGAAACGAAUAAGGAAGCAAAGACAAUCGGGAAUGAAAAUGGAGAUCGACAAAUAAAAAAGACCAUUGCCGAGAUAAAGGGCGUGGUUUCUACACACCGAUUGAAUAUCCAGACCAGAUUCCUUUAGAAUUUUUGGUAGUUUUAAUUUUGGAGUGGAGACGUGUUGUGUGUAUACGUAUAUAAGGUAGCUAUAUGCUGUACGUAUGCGUGUGCAUUGUACAGCGGUCGUGUUUGUUUUUGUUAGAUGCUGUUAUUGUUUUGUUUUCGGUUGGAUAAAUGAGUCGGCGCGGCAGGCCAGUUGCAUUGUCUUGAGUGAAUCAGUGUGAGAAGAAGAAGAAGAAAAAAAAAUCGAGUGAUCCGGAACCGGAACCAUCUGCGAAUUCUCUCUCUUGUAUUGAAUACGACACUGAGAGACACCCUUUUGUCGUUUUUUGGUUGGUGCCUGUUUGUUAUCAUGGUGACAAACGUGUGUUCCGUAGCAAGGACCGAAACACCACAUAUAUAUAUAUAUUUACUCUUUGGUCGAGGUUCCUUUAUCUAGCGCCCCUUCCCGGAAUCCUAUUCCGAUCCGUACCUCUGUUAACCCUACCGCACCUACGAAGAUGUUACUCCUUAUUUCCGGCUGUUUUGAUUCGAAAGUCCAACUUCUAACUCACCUCUCACGAUGGAUUACGUUUUUUCUUCUUCUAAAUCAGUUUCGCAGAACAAAUAGUUGGAUUAACAAUCCGCUGAUAUAUUUUCGGUCAGUUCCAUGCACAUCGGCGAUGACAUAUCAAAUAAUGUUGCAGUCAAAAGCGUUUCAGUUUUACGAGAUUGCGAUGUUCCAAUCAGUCAGAUUGAAUGGCUAUAUACCAUUACCGAACGAAUAGAGGCGGUGCUACGCCGUUUAUACGACAUGUAGAGAAUAGUUGGGGUGCGGUUACAUCUCUGCUCGCUCGUCGCUCAUUCGAUUCAUUAGCGAAUUCCCCCUAGAGCGCUAGAGUACGUCUGCCAACGUAUUGGGCCGACAAGAGAAGAAGAAUCAAGAGAACGAGAGCCAGGCCACAUCGGAGACCAAUUAUCUUAAUGGAGUCGCAGAUGGACGAGGUAGACAUAUAUAUACGUUUAACAGGAUGGCUCUAAAUAUUGACUGAAUGCGACUGAAUGUUACUCUGCCGUUCGCCUGGAGACACGAACAGCCUAGAUUUCAUCAAAGUCUUCACAUCAUUCUUGAAACGAUAUCGACGUCUUUAACUCUUUAUAUCCAUCUGUCUUUAUUAGUGCGGUAACGUGAUCACGCGGUCAUGUAUCCAGUCGUCCCAUAGUGAACACAAAUUCGAAUUGAAAUUCAAUUUUCAAUUUUCUUUUUUGUUUAUCAAAUGUCGGUAUGGCCAAAAACCCGUAGCCAGGCAAAACGCAUUUGAUUGAGCAAAAAAAAUAAAAAAUAAUAAUGUAGAGCUUCGAUUGGAGAGGUGCGCAAGUCUCAGCGGUUGCCCGAACUCGCCAUCUGACGGAUGUGCGCUCAAGGUGAGGGCGUUAUAAGCCUCUAUAGACGUUGGAGCGUGAUGCGCCCCAAAGGUGGCCCCUACCGUCGGCGUCGGAUCUGGCCAACAGAAUGUGUGUGUCUAUGUGCGUGUGUGCCUAGAUAUGUAUGUCUCUCUCUCUCUCUCUUUCUUUCUUGACGAUCCACCACCCUCCGUGCCUCCCAUUUGAACACACCCAACUUCUUGCCGUCGUCCAUCUCUGUUGGCUCGGUUAGCUCACACCCCGGGAUGUGGUUCGGCACGCACCCAGCAAUGAGCAUCAGUUUCACUGACGACUCGUCGGACGGCGGACGCGUCUGGCGACUCCAUCCGCACAGCUUUAAAAAGUAAACCGUAGUCCUUCCAAAAAAUCGAAGAUAAAAAACAAAUAGGGAAGGCAGACGACGUGCCAAAAAUUCACGAAAGGGCAAACACCAACAUCGACAAAACGAACCAAUGUGUUUUGUGUAGGUGGGGGGUGUAGGUCGUUGGAAGUUGUUCUUCACGAAACAUUGCCGAGGUUUUAAACCGACCUGCUGUUAAAAUCAUCGAAGGAAAACAAAAAGGCUGACGAUUGAGGAAACAACAUUUGGAUUGUGUCAGUGAAAAUAUUGUCGACAAACAUGGCGUCGAGUGCUGGAUGAAAACGGGGGUCGAAUUCGACCACGAAAAAAAAAGCUGCCGUCUUUAAUCUCGUGGAAGGAGAACCGAUAGUUAGGGCGGUACUGUCUCGAAAUUCGUUCGACAUCGUCUCGACGAGCGUGUGCCGCACAAACACGAGUUCGUAGAGAAUUCUAAACGCUUCUGUGUGUACCGGUGCGUGUGUAUGUAUACAAAAGCGUGCGGCGUGCGUGUGUUUCUCCCCCAAUGUGCGAAUCGAUUUGACGUGGGUCUCUUUAUUUUACUUUUGGUUUUUUAAAGGGAAAAACUGCGUCUGUUCUUCUCGUUCAAAUUCCGGUCUGCUUUCGACACUGUUUUCUGAAAGCUUUGAGCUUUAAAGUCCGGCCAACGCAUUGGGUUGCGCAAGUUUUUUUUGCUGCCGUUUCCACAUCAAAAGUCAAACGCCAUCCGAAAAAAAAAAAAAGGAGGGCCAGAUGCCCCCGACCCAUCCGCGCUGUGUGUUAUUCUUCUCUUUCCGCUUGCGUUGUUGUUGCCUGUGUUUGUGUGUGUUGACUGUGUCAACCACUCACCAUCCUACGUCAAUCUGAGCUAUUUUUCAAAACGUCAUCGAAGUAAAAAUAGCAAUAAUAAGACGACGAACCCACAGCUCACCCGCUUCCGCUUCCCACUGCAGACCAACUGGGAAAUAAUUACUAUUCACCUUUACUGAACAAAACCUGAGUUGAGAAAGAAAACCAAAAAUAAUUUACAUACAAAAUAGAAAAAUCGAAAAAAUCGAUCCAAUUUGUCCUUCGCAAUGGACGAUCACGGAAGUGAUUGAAUAGCAUUCCAUGUGCGUGAAGUUGUAGGACGUGCUUAAGUGUUUGAAUCUUUGGCGGGGGGCGGUGGCGGUUGGAUAUUUCGUCGCAUCUCUGCGCCAGUCCUACAAAAUCAUUUGCUGGGCAAAAUUCUCUUGUUUUCCAUAUGUUAGUCCCAUGGCUGUGACCGACAUUCUUUGACUUUCUUCUUCUUCUUGACCUCGCACAUAUGUGUGAUUUCAUUCCGGUGCGCUCGUUUUGAAGGUAGCGGUCGCACGUCGUUUUCUGCGGAUGAAUAGGCCAAUGCCUCGUCUGGAAUAAUCAAGGAGGUGAAAUCUCGGAGGACGUCGGCUGUCGAUUUGCCGACGACGCAAUAUGUCGGGUAGACGCCGUUUGCAUAUGUGAAAACAGUUUCUUCGUUGAGAAGAAAGGAUGCGGACAAGGAGCCAAAAGAGAAGCCAAACACGAAAAAUAAAUUCCGUCUUUUCUCGAACGUAAGAACUCAACGAUACUCAAAGGUCGGCCUAUUCUUCCUUUUCCCCCACUAAAGUAGCGCUCCGGUGGGAAAACCACACUGACCUCUCCUUUCAAAGGCAUCCGAAUUGCCGCAUUUUUUUUUGUGUGUGUGUGUGUGUAAUACAUCAAGAUCCAUCAAGUGGGCAAAGAUCUACGACAAAAGAGGUCCACAACAACAACAAAAAAAAUAAAAAACGCUUCGCCGUGACUGGAAUAAUAUCUUCAAUCGCAGUGGCAUGUUUCCUCGAACAGCAUAGAAGCGCGAGCCACAAUAGAAAAUGGUGAUGCAUCCAACAGUGACAAUGUAAAACCACCAAGAUCCAUCUCAAAAUUCCAUCAGUCAGCCCCCCGCCCUACGAGGUGUCUGAAAACGUUGCUAGUUUUUAUUGUGUUUCUUUUUUUUCUCUUUUUCUUCCGUGCCUUUUUGUGCCAAAAAAUACAAAAACAAAAAAUCAUUAAUCAGUAAGCCCCGUGGCUUCCUGUAAUCGACCAUGUUACGCGCCCGUAAAAAGGAUGUGCGUAUCAAGCCCAACCGGAAGCUGGACAAGCGUUCGUCGCGUGGCAUGCUCUACGAGAAUGAAGAGCUUCGCCUCCGCACGAUCGAGAUCAACGCCGAAGUGGAGCGCGGACAGACGGACAUAAAAAAACUGCGCAGGGAGAACGACCAUCUUCGGCGUGAGAUGUGGGCUCUGCGCGACGAGUACGAACGGCUGGAGAAACUCAUCAAACACCUGGAUCUGGCCGGCACAGGAUCGGAGGAUCAUCAUCACAGUCAGCAUGCGUCCGAUGGUGAGGGCGGAGGUGGAACAGAAAGGGAAGACGACGAUGACGGUGAUGAUGAUGAUCGAGCUAGUCCAAGUAUCAAUGGUCGUCAUAGCAAUUCGGAAGCUAGCGAUGAUGACGACAGGGAUGCGGACGAAAAGGAGCCGGGCGAAGGAGUAGCGAUGGCUAUAAGUCGAAGCAAAUCGCAAACGGCCAUGACAGGUGACUUCCGACAUUCGACAUCAGCUCCGACAGCUUCCAAUUGCGAUCUGGAUGCCGCUUGUUAUUGCAAUGAAGCCGCGCUGGCUACGGCUAAUUGCGACCGUCAUCGGGUCGGACUGAGCGGAGCUGUUUACGUCGAGUGCGGCAAUCCAGUCAAGGACAACAUCGAGAAUUAUCAGAAAGCUUACGGAAGAAUGCCGCGCCGGUGCAGUUCGGCCGGUGCUAAAGUGUACGUGGCUACUCAGCACUUUCAUCCGCACGUACCUUCUCAGACGGCGGCCGCUUCGUCGCCGGUGGACGCCAGCAGUCGGGUGUGCUACGAGAGCCUGUCGGCGGUGAAAAGCCGGUACAGCACGAGCGGCAUGGAAGACGAGGACGGAUACGCGGCUUGUUCGCAUCCGGUGCGCGUCGACUUGCGUGAUUUCCUUCAUCCUGUCGAUCAUCCGUCCGAGUGUGCCAAUCAUUUUUCGAUGGAAGCGAGUACGAGUUUGAUGCCUCCGAACACUCCCCCGCCGCCCGUUCCGUCCCCGGCUACCACCACCAUCAUCACGACGGCCAUCCACCACCCGGUGCACGGCCGAGAAGGGAUGGAGGAGGCGGCUGAGGAAGGUGAAAGCAGCGGCGUUGAAGCAGACGACGAGCCUUCGGCUCACGUCAGCGAGGCAGGAGGCAUUCCACCGGAUACGCCCAGCGAGGAUGGGGAAUUUAAUUUGGAUCAUCUGGUCAAUAUUGUCCGGAGCUUCCAGCAGGAACAGCAGCUGCACCAGAGCGGAUUGGUGGUGGCCACCUGUUCGGGCUCGCCACCGACGCCGUCGACGCCAGACGUCUUGGUGGAGGAGGCCGAGGAUGAUGCGGGUAGCAAUUACUCUUCCAGUCCUGGAACGAGUGGAAUGGCCACUAUCAAACGUCGGCCCAUUUCUGGUGGCAAUCAGCAGCAACAGCAGCAACAGCAGCGACUUCGGCAGAUGGCCAUCGUCGAAAAAGAGCCGGCCAGCCCGUUGGCAAUGGAUGCGGCCUCAGGCACAAUACGUCCAUCAAGAGCCAUAGCGGAAUCGAGUUCGACGGAUAUCGGCGUUGGCGAUAACGGCGGAUCGUCAGCCUACGCACAACAGGCCGGAAGAGUUGCUGGAUGGUCGUCGAUGCCGCAACGCCGGAAUUCCUUUUCAUCUUCGUCGUCGUCGUCGGCUUCCGGCUCCCCGACGGCCAUCCAUUCCAGCACGGUCGUCUUCCUCAACAACAACAACAACAACACCCACAACAUCAACAACAAUAAGAAAUUGGCCGGAAGUAGCGGCUAUUUGGGGCGUGGUGGCGUCGUUCAAGGUCCCGAUACAACCAUCGCCGUUACGGCCGCCAGUUUCUCGACGACGACGACGACGACCAUUGACGGCAUUGUCGUCACAUCGAGCCGCAAAAGCACAUCACCCAUCCGCAUCGUUCAUCCGCCGCGCGUCUUACCUGUUCCGCCGCCCCUUUCCAGUUACGACGUUCCUCGAGCGCUGCAACCGCCGAUGGCGCUGACCAAUCACGGCCAUCCCUUCGGCGGAGCGUUGAGCCGACGGCGAGCGGACGAAACGAACCGAGGCCUUGGCGAUGCAAACUGUUUGAGCGUCUACCCACUGCCGGACGGCGAUGCGUCCGCAUCGCUGCUCCGCCUCCACGCCGUCGAUCCUCACACGGUCAGCUUCGAUUUGAAGGACGUGGCGGCGGCGCGGUCCAUCACCGUUCAGGAGGUGAUCGAUCAGCUGGAACAGCAGCUGGAUCCGACUCGUUGUCAUGUGCGCGGUGUCCGCAUGUUGGCUGGAUCGCUUUUCUUUAUUAGUCUCGACUCGGUCCGCUCACUCCAAUAUCUGCUGCGCCAUUCGUUUCGCCUCAGGGGUCACAGGGUCCGUCUGACCGACGUUUCGGCCCAGACGUGGAUUGUCUCACUUAGCGGUGUGCCGCACUACAUCAGCGACGCCACCGUCUCGUUGCUCUUGGCUGCCUUCGGGACCAUUAUAGGUGACGUCGAGCGUCGUUUCUUUCACGGUGUCGACACCGGCGAGCGGCUCGUCCGGUUCCGUUUGAAAGCGCACGCCAAGUUGCCCAAACACAUCACCGUCGGAGGUUGUCGGAUUCAAGUGCGCCGCAUGUCGCCGGCACCGAAUGCGUCGCAGCGCGACCACUCCGGUGGCGGCGGUUUCGGAUCGAGUUGCGGCAACACAUCGUUUCCGACCGGAAUGAACCGACGCGUCCAACUCGAGUCGCAAAACGAUGCGGAGAACUCGGAUUUCGCUUUCAGUUCCACGGCGCCCGAGCCAGGGACGUCGUCGGCGAUGGCGGCCGAGAGCCAUUACGGAACUAUACAAUCGGCGUCGGCGGAAAUGGGACGAAAGUACAUGCCGAAAAUCGGCCGUUCAUUCGAGUACAGAAGUCAACUGCGAGUUGAUUUGAGGAUGUCGGCUGAAGUGCCUGUCCCUUCUCUUUUGAACGACGAACCGGCGUCGUCCCGGGGCCAUCGUGCCUCUGUGGCUGCGGCCAGUCGAGUCCCUCCGACGCCCAAUUGCCUGUUGUGCGAACAGCAGCAACAGCAGACGGCCCCUGCGCUUUCAACGCCAGCCGGUUUACAGCCACAGAUAAGGCCGCAACUGGCACCACCUUCAACAUCGCAGACGAUGGUCAUCCAUCGAUGCCGACAUCACGAAUCGCCCGCUGUAUCUUCUCCAGUUGGACAGGGCGUUCCAGUGGCGGCAGCUGCCCCUGUGCCACCGGCUGAAGGUCGAGUGCAUCGCGAAUCACCACCAAAGUCGCGUGUGUCCGUCAACUUUGACGAGACGGCAGCCAUAUCGUCCGGAAGUCGAAUCAACUCCGGGACCGGAACCGGUCGUCCAAGUAAUUCGAAAACAUCCACGUCGACAUCGUCUAAUGGGAUCCUACGAAAGAGCGUAUCUGGCGAAGAGCCUUCGACUGAGAGCGGAAAUGACGGAAGCAACUCAGCGACCGGAUUCGGUGAAAGCGGCCAAGCCAAAGGCAAGAACGGACUUCGGCUGGCCGCUGCAAAAAAGACGGCGCGGAGCUUCUCGUUAGUCGACACCUUCCGCGUCAAUAAGGAGCGUCGCAAGCCCGUCGUCCGCGUCGAAACAGUCAUCGAAAACACGUCGGCUGCCAAUCCGGAGGAAGGCGUACGGACGCUCGUCGUUCGACGGGAUUCGACCGAAAGCAGCAGCCGGAGUAGCCGGAGCAGCCGCAAGAGCAACGAACUGCCUUGGUGCGGAUGUUGGGGCAACGGGUGUCUCUAAAACAAUCCAACUUCUUAUUGCACAGACUCGGCUCUUUUUUUGGGUUUUUAAUUUUUUUUUUUUUAAGAGGAAAAAAAAAAAAGGGAGCAAUAUUCUUGCCAGAGGAAAACGAAAGAGAGAGUUCGGGAACGAAAUCAUGUGACGUCCAUGGCGGAAAGCAAAAGGAACACACACACACCGAUCCAAAUAGAAACGAAUGAAAACACACCGAGUCCCGCGUUCCAAUGUUUUUUUGGCACGGUGGUACACUCUUAUCCAUCAUCUGGCUGGCGGAAUGCUGAUUGGAUAGUCAAUAUGAAAGCAGGGCCUGGUGUGGCGCUCUGGCGGGUAUCGGGCGGCAAAACUCAAACACGUCAAAAGCCGACAACAAAAGCGGGCAAAAGAAAAAAAAUUAAAAUAAAAUAUCUACGUAUAUAUAUAAACAGGGGCAAGGGAGGGGAAAAAAAUCAAUCAAAAUAAAUAAGAAAAUGGUUAUCAGGAACGGAUGAGAGCGGAAUAUACAACUCGAAGCGGACGGAGAGGGGAAAAAUUGUGCGUACAGCAGCAAAAGGAAAGACCAUCCUUAUGUAAAGAAACUGCCUUUUAAAAAAAUUCAGCAGUACAUCUUUGAUCGGACGAGGCCAGUAAAAAGACAUCGACCAAUGAUCAUGAAAAGAAACGAGAGAAAAAAAAAAGGAUGGAUCCAUCAAAUUCCACCGCAGCGUGAAAUUCCCAAUGGUGGCAGGUGUCACGGAAUUUUGAACGGGCCGCCACCGUCGACAUAGUCCACCGGCCGUCGAAUCCCUUUUCUGACUUGCAAUUUCAUGUUGAAUCCGACAGUUUCAUUCUCCAGUCGGAUGCAUCCAUAUUUCAAGAAAGUCUAGACAAAAAAGCCCAAGCCAGAUAAACAAGGCAGCGGAAAUUCGAGAUCGAACAGCAUCAGCCGUAAGACGUCAUUUCUAGCGACAUUCGAGAAUUGUGUGUGUGUAUCUAUUCAAUUGUAGACGUGCGGAUUUCACGCUACGGCACGAGAAAAGAGCGACAAGCGCAUGGAAGGUAUAAAAACACAACAAAACAUCCUAUCCGUGUGGACAACUGCCGAGGACGUGAACAAAAACAAAAGGGGGGAAGAGGCUGAAAGAAAUCAAAGUCGACCAAGAGGAUGACACAAAUACAAAAUAAAAAUAAUAAAAAAAUAACUCCCUCUAUUUUUCAUACGUUAACACUAUUUUCGAAGAGAGGGCCAGCAGUAAUCCGCUCCGGUGGCUUCCCCAAUUUCGUUUUUUUAAAAAAGAAAAUCCUUUUCGUUUGCUUUGUAUUAUUAUUUUAUUUUCCCCCUCUCUCUCCUCUCCUUUUGUAUCUAUCGUCUGGCCUUUUUUCUUUGUACAUAUUAAGUGUGAUAUCUAAAAACUUGAAAAAGAAGUCCUUAAAGACGAUGCCGAGCGAAGACAGAGAGAGAUGGAAAACAGGCAAAAGUGAAUCAAGUGGAAGCGAAAGAGUCAACUUGCUUCUGUUGACUCCUCUCACGUUUCGUUUUUUGGUUGCUCGAAAAUGUCUUCAAAAAAUUGUGACGCAUUUUUCUGCGACUCUCUCUUUGCAACCGUUUCUUUUGUUUGUUUUUUCAGCCAUCAUCUCUGCGCGCUCUUGUUAUUGGCGUUUUACUGGGCGACCUCUAUACACUUGGAACUGUAAAGUUUUUUUUUUAUUUGAUUUUGAUUCGGUUCGUGAUUUAUUGAACGUGUUCUACUCUCUCUCUUUCUCCCUUUUAUUUUUGCUCGCUCUACCUCUUUUCCAUCUCCACUUCCUUAUCUAUAUAUGAGUAGGCUGAAAAGCGUAGACAUUUUUGCUGCCUGGCAUCCCCCAGUCACAGCUAAAAACAUACGCUCCAUGCGCGUGCACCGACGAGCUGAUCCGUGCUGGGCCCAACGCGUACGAACGCUGACACACCCACCUAGUAGCCAGUAGAGCGUGUCCACUUUCUAUAAUACAGUGUGUACAGUGUGACAGGAAACGGGUAGACGUUUCCCCUCAAGAUCGAAGCCGUCAAAAGUCGAAAAAUUAAGUGGAUGGAUCUCUAACUCCAUCAUCCCCCGAUGAUUUGGCAUUUCGAAUGGUGACUCUCGCUCUCAAUAUUCUAUACACCGUCUUUUGUUUGUUUUUUUCCCUUCCAUUUCUUUUAAAUUUUGUAUUUGAUACAUUACAAAUAAAUACUGUGCUAGACGUGUCAGUUUUUGAUCAGAGUGUGUGUGUAUAUAUAUAUAUACGCCGAUGUAUGAUUCCUCCUGUCAUUUUCCCCUCUUCUCCCCCUCAAGGUUUUUUUUUUUUUUGAUUGGGUUCUGGUGGUUUCGAUUAUCCGGUAACAUUCAAUUCGUGUUUUGACAGUUUGUCCGCCGAACGCCUCCCUACGAUCUGCGUCCAUCUGUCCAUUUACGCAUCUCGUUUUAUUUUUGAUUUCCCCCUUCACCGUUGUGGCUAUACGCAUAAUAUGUAACUUUUUGUUAUUUAUUUGUUUACCUUGUUUUAAAAUUUCGUAUGGAUCAACCAUGUCCCUCUCAUGUUCAUGGAAUAGGAUGAAACGAUUUAAAAAAAAAAAUCGAAAUCAGUUCUGAAAUAUGUCGUUUUCGCUCUUUUUGUUUUUGUAUUUUUGAGACAAUUUUCGAUCUGAUUUUAUCGAUUACAGAACAAACAAAAACGAAUAAAAACGGAAACAAACAAUACAUUUGUUAAAAGAAUGUAGCAGCACUAUAUAUGGCCAUUGUUGAGCAUCGAUUCCUUUGGUGCUUUCUUCCCCCCCUUUACCUUGUUCCAUGUGAUUAUGUCACACGCAUACGCGAGCGCACGCACAAGCGGCACACACACACACAAAUGUACCGAUAUCUACAUUCCAGAUAAGAUCUACUGUAUAUGCUUAUAAAGUACUCUUUCAAGAAGCGAAAAGAAAAGAAAAAAAACAGAGUGAAUAGAAAUAAAAAACAUAUAAAUAUAAAUAAAGACCAAAGAUUGCCAUCAACGAAAAUGGGAAGGCAUCCAGCAAUAAGUCAGUUUUUUUGGUCUGGCGCGGCCAUGAUGAAAUAUAUCUCCCCCAUUUGGUCUCUGUUUUUAUAUAUUUUUUUUUCCUUUCUUCAUUGAUUCUUAUUCGACUCCCAUCAUGUCUUUUUUUUUCUCUUUCCUUUUUCCCCCCUCUUCUUUGACUUUUUUUCCUUCCUUCUUCAUUUUUUUGUUUUGUUUUAUUUCUUUCCGACGUUGCCGUUGUUGAAAACGGUACGUGAAACUGCUUAGAAGACACUACUAGAGUUAGUAGUAUCGGUUGCCUAAAUAUCACCGGUACCCAUAGGUCGGAUAUAUAGGGUCCCAAUGGCCCAUUUUUGUGGCCAUUUUUAAAAACACAUACAUACAUUUUUUGUUCAUCCUUCUAUUACUUUCUCUUGCUUGUUUGGGUCUUUGCGGCGCAUGGUCAUGAGUCCACUUUCUCUUUCCCUCGCUAAUAAGAUACUAUAAGCCUAUUAUGCUGUGUGCGAUGCUAAUCGCGUUAGAGCCUGGAUGAGGGACAAGUGCGAGUGAAGUGUGCCGCAUAGAGUCACGAUCUUGGUUCUGCCUAAUGUCUCAACCGCCUACAUUAUCAAAGCAAUAUUCUUUGUCUUUGUACAAUUUUAUUUUGCGAAGGCACGCACCAAAUGUCGAUGCACCAAUAAUCUUGAAAAUUGAAAGAAUCCAAUAAUCAUAGUCUCGUUAAUUCUGGCAAGGGUUUUUUGUUUUGUUUUUUCUUGUUGAGUAUCUGAAAUUAUGAAAAAGCUCUCCGUUCAGCCUUUAGUCGUGAUUGGAUAAUAUCAUCCAAAUGAACCCAGAAACCGCAAUCGACCGCUCCUUCGAUCGUUCCGAUUCUAUUGCCUGAUGUUGGUCAUGUUUUCUUAGCUUAUUUUUUUCUUUUUAAAAACCCUUUUAUGUUCACGCAAAAAGAAAAACUCAGAGCCGAGAAAGCGUGAAUUCAAAAUCUGGCGGAAGUGAAGGAUGUGAUCUGGUCAGAUGACGUCUAGGUGAAAUAAUGGCACCGUAUUUCAUUUACAUAGAAGAGCAGCGAGGACGUGCCCGAAAUGUCGGGAAAAACGGAUGGCAAACCUAUACAGCGGCCGAAUCGAGUCUGCACUUAAAACGAAUCCAGUUUGGUAUGGUCACAGGUUUUGACCGAAAGGUCGUCAAACAGCCAACCAGAUGCAAAGUGGCAAGAUUGAAAUGUUGGCCACCGCUUUUUCUAUUACAUCUUUCGAUGUCGUUCUGUUGUCGCCAUCGAUUUGCUCGUCACUUCUUCCGCCUGUUCGCCGGCUGUUCAGGACUUUGCCCAUCCGAUCGAUCGCGUUUCACCCCACCUCUCGCCUUUUUAUUAUUUUUUAAUAUUAUUUUUUGGGGUUGCAUUUUUAUUUUUUUUACAGCUAUACGUGUUCAUCCAGCGGGCGAGAUAUCUUAUUCUGAUCACGUCAAUUCGUUUUCCGCUUCCAUGUAUUUGUAUUUUAUUUUCUUGACGUAUUCUAAUUAUCUAUCGCCUAUACGCAAAUUUUAUCGCAAUUGUAGUCAACUCAACCACGUUGGUCCAUCUUGAUCGAUCGUUUCGGCUCGGGCAAACGAUUCAAUCAGCAGUCAACGUUAUAUACAGCUUACUAUAGUCUGAGUGAAAUGUCAGACGAAAAAAAAAGGGGGGAAUAAACUGAAAUUCGAUUUUUUUCCGUGUUGGUUUCAAACGGGUUUCUAAUAAUGGCGUGCUCGUCACGAACAAAAGAACGCUUCUCACCCAAUCGAAUAGGCAACGAGCUCCGAACUUCAUUUGAAUAAUCACUCAUCGAUUCUGAGACGUUUCACCAAUUUCACAUAAUUGAUGUAGGCCCUAUACUAUGUAAAGCGUAGUAGGUAGUUAUUAUACAGUGUGUGCCAGCAACCCGAUGCUAACUCUCUUCUAUCCCCGCGCGCGUCGCUGCUCUUUGCUACUGUUGGCUUUUUAAUGAAAGCUGGCGUGCGACGUCAACGGGUGAGACAUGAACGGAAAUGCCAUUCGCCAUAAGAAGGUCGACCGUGGAGGAAGAAAAGAUGGAAAAAUAAAAAAAAUAAAAUAAAAGGGCAAACAGAAAAAAAAAAAAAAAAGAAGUAGAACGCGAAUAACAGCCGAGUCCGUGGAUCCUACCAAACUCUACAGAACGUCACGCCGACAAAAAAGGAACCCCUCCUGAUAUAUAUAAAUGAGUUACAACCAAAAAGAAUAAGAAAAAAAGGGGUAAGAAAUUAAGAGAGAGAAAAAAAAAAAAGGAGGGGGGGUAAGGCAGAAAAAAAGAGAGAAACGAGCGUAGAAUGGGCGUGUGUGGAUGCCAGAAUAGCAGGAAAAUAACCCAGUAUGAUGGAUUUUCCCCGUCUGGUUAUUCGACUCAAGCGUUCAUAGUUCAUAACCCCUCUCUUCCCCACACACACACACACACACACACUCACUCACCGACUAGCACGAAAACUCACGCUCAGGGGAGGGCUGGUUACAAGAUUGCUGCUCACACGUUGCUAAUGUCAUCAACGCGUCUCUUCUCCUUGGUCUUUGCCGGUCUGUGUACUUAUUGCCGGAUAAUAUCCGCCUAGAUUCCGACGUUGCGCCAUUGUCCCAAUUCGAGCCGUUGAGUAUCUCAGGGCGACGGAUAGUCCUCCAUUCUGGGCACACAAAAAAAUGCAUCAAUUACAUGCCGUUCCGCCAUUCCCGCUCCAACCCGUUUCUCCUUCACUAACGUUCGCACAUCUUCACAAAUCCCAAACUGACGUCCGCGCAAACACACAUAACACUCGAUUGAAGGCAACGAGAGGUGGAGCAGGAUAACUCGAUCCUCUUUAUUGCGAUUCCCGUUCGUCAUGCCAUUCACGUCUCAUCGUAUCACGAACGCUUGUCGGGGAUGCCGAUUUCGGGAAGAGCGAACGGAACAAUUCAAAUCCAUCGUUAAUGUUUCUGCUUUUUUCUUUUCUUUCUUCACCUCCCCCCCUGUCGUUUCAAUUAUUCUUUUCGAUGUGUUGCCCCGAAAGCGCUCGUAUUAGCGAUAUACUGAUGAGAGUCGUAUUGGAGGAGUUUGCGCACCUCGUUGAAGCGAUCAGACGUAACGUAUCCAAGUUAUGUCAGCUUUACUUGGUUUUCUCACUUCUGUGCCAACAAAUGGAUAACAUGUUACAUACGUAUUAGUGAGGCAACUGUUAACGAUGAUACCGAGUACCAUUGACAUUCGUUCCUACGUCCUUGAUUUGUCACGACGUUUGCGAUACAUGCACUUGCGUUGUACACAAAUAAUCUGUAGUGAGUUAUUGGCGUGCGUGUAUUUUUGAUUAUUAUUUUUUUUUUCGAAAUAAAAUAAAAAUGCAAAAAAAUUAAUAAAAAUGCAGAUUUUCUACUUGGCUUUUCAACAUACUGCCGACAUUUCAAAUAUUAUGCAUGCGGACCGAAUGGUCGUGGUAGCAUUUCCUGGCCCGGCAAAAGGACGAACGGAAGUGUAAACCUUAUACCUACAUAUAGCUUUACACUUGAUACCAUCUUGUAACGGACACCCGCGAUCGAUCCGGUUCUUCAGCGUAACACUCCCUGCAAAUUACGUGCUAGAAUGGAAAGAACAUUAAGUCCUUAAAAAAUUCAUUUUGUUAGCGAUUCAGCGAGACAGCUGGCCAACAAUGCAUCUGGCAGUAUUUAACAGGAAAUCCAGUCAAUUGUUUAAACUUCAUAUCGUUAAUCUUCAAGGAGACAUUUGGUGUGUGCUUGUAUAUUAUAAGAAAUCCGCACAUUGAUUUGCGUGGGUAGCCGUGAGUCGCGUACUGUUUACUCGUGAUGCAUUACGAUGAUCUGGUGAGCAGUUUGUGCACACAGGACGAUGACUGGAUUUAAAGCCUUAAAAAGCAAAGCCUUUGGGCGAUUGGCAACGGCGGUUGGCCGUUUUAUUGAUCAAAUAGAAUGGCGACGCCAUUUUUUUUUCUUUCGUUGACUACAAAGUCAAGAGCGAGGAGAAUCAAAGAAUUUCGAACUGAGCUGGUUUCUUUUCUAACCAAUCACACUAUCGAGCCCAAUAUGUUUUAUUUGACGAAAGUAUUUACGUUUGAAAAGAAGGGAGUGGCCAUGAAUGCCCAACGCGCAAUCUGUGAGGUGGAGAUGAAUUAAACAUUCUGCCCGCAGCGCAGUCGGUCGUUCCAGCGUCUGUAAGAAAGAAACUUUGAACAGAGUCUGUUUAUGCAAAGUGUUGAGCUGAAACGUCCGGCUAUUCUAGUGCUCCAUGGUCCGUCUAUUUCACACUCAGGGGGGGAUUUAAACUCCAAAAUGAAAGGAAACGAGGGGGAAAAAAGAAGAAGAAGAAAAAAGAGUUGCACGACGGUGAUGAUGCAGCCGAACGACGUCGACGAUGUGCUUGACUUGGACCAGGAAUAUGAGAUAGCGUCGGGUAAUAACGCGCUAGUAAACACAGCCAUUCCGAUACUUGGCAACGAGUUGGUCAUAGAUUGUCCUCGAUGACGGACGACCGAAGGAUUUAUGUCGUUUGACGGCGUGGAUAUGUAUACAUGGUGGAGGGGGGAAGUCUUCCUUGAAAGUGUCUUUCAUUCGAUAUCUUUGAGUCCAAACUUUAAACUUAGAUCCGUGUUUGCGAGAUAAUCAGGUAAGCAGCGUUUAGAAUGCGCCCGUCCGAUGCGAACUUAAAAUAUACUGCUAGGAAUGCGUUACGUGACAAAUGUCUGAGUUACUCGCGUACCCUGUCUGAGGUCAACCUUAUCAUUUCAUCAGUUUCCUGCUAAAGAAUUUGUUUGCAAUUUUUUUUGUGGGAUUCGUUUUAUUUUUCCAAGUUUAGUUAUCGCUGUCGACAGUUUUGUUUUGUUUCUUUGGUCUCGUGAUCGCCAGGAAUUUUGGCCAAAAAUAUUUGAGUAGCAAGUACAAGAUCAAGCGUCGACAUUCCAAUGUAUGUUGCUUGCAGUUGACUCUUUUUUUUCACAAUUUAAUCUUUUUUUUUUGUAAAAAAAAACAAAACAAAAAAACUCGCCGUAGUUCAAUCAUUGAGAUGCACAUAUUUUACUGAAGCCUCAACAUUGUCGACAAGUGACCCUAUUUUAGCUGACUAGAAUUCGACAACGAUUUGUUCACGAAGUACAACAAAAAACGGACUAAAAGCGGCAACUCAAAAAGAAGAACAAAAACAAAAAAAAACA